AUGCUUUCAACUAUUGAUUCCAGCAGUUUGACGCCGAUCGAUACCGAGAAGACGCCGCAGAUGCAAAUCCGUACCAUUCUACGUCGAAAAGGAGUGAAUUCUGCUGUCAAACGCGGGAUAGAAAACGCAUCAGUCCGUUAUGACGCAUUGUUGUCCUUUGUUCGAACCCAGGAGAAUUGCGAAGAACUCCAGCAAGAAGUCGACCGCUUUUGGAAUGAACAACAAGGCGAGAAGCUUAUAGAAGACGCGCAAAUCCUUAUUACAACUCUGGAUGCGCAACUUCUUAUAGACGAGUCGCUGCAAAACAUCCUUUCAUUAAAGCACAGCGACGAAAUCGUUACUGCCACUGCCGCUUUGACCAUCUCAGAUACGGGACGUCCACAAGACAACCAACCGGCUCAAGAACAUCAGAAUCCGAACCAAGACGCACUGCCAUCUACGCCUAAACAAGACACUCCCUGUUCGGUGCUACAGCCGAUUCAACCACGUCGUCUGGAAUUGCCAACUUUCGACGGUGAUGGCAGCGCAGCACUCAUUGUUCAAGGCUACGAUCCAUCAACGCCAGAAAACUACCAACUUGCUGUACAAGCGCUUCGUAGGCGAUAUGAUCGCCCUCAAGUUUACCCACAACCUUUUCCAUCAGAGAAGUUCCCUCGUGAAACGCAGUUGGAAGUCUACAAACUGGAACACCGCUCAGGGAAAACGUGGACUUUACCAGAACUUCUAGACGGACUUAACGAAGUCAUUGAGGAAGUGGAAAAGCUAGAAGACUACAGUGUCACUCCUGUUAACCAUUCAGAACCGCGGGAGUACUCCAUCUGA